AGGCUACCCGCCUAGACGUUCUCAGUUUUUAGACGAUUCGCGAGAUAGAAGGUCGUAUUAGCCAUCCCGCGCUAUUCUCAACGCUUACUGUGGGAGCUAUUCUUCUAGCAAGGUGUCGGUGAAGAAUAGGCCUCCGUGAGCACAACGCCAGAGCCGGUGAACAACAUCCGGAGGGUGGCAGGUAGCACGUCUUUCGCGAAUUCGGUGCAAUUGUGCCUUACUGCAGGAUUUGUCACACGUGUCAAGCUUACGCGAACGCCCACGUGCGCUAGUUCACUAUUUUAUAUACACCCGGUAGAGAGUGGAAGCUGCAGCUAUGUAACGAAGGAAUUGCGAUGUGUUGUGGAAAUGAGAAAAAAUUUCGCGGUAUUAUCGGAUGCCGAUGUUUAUUCACAUGAUGUGAUAUUUAGUUGGUUGGCAUUUAAAAAUUGUUAUGAAAGAAUCACUAAGUAAAACGGAGAGUAAAAAAGUGUAAUCAAUCCUACCAAAUAAACGAUUCCGUGAGAGCGCAGAGGAAAAUACCCAGGAUAACGUAGACGAUGCAGAUUCUCAUCGUCGUACGGCAUGAGUGUUUGUGUGCCAAAAAUAACAGUGCAUAUAGAUUGGAAAGUGAACAGAUCGCAUAUCCCGAAAUGUGAUCAAGCAUGUUGUGAUGUACAGUGUAUAUAGAGAUCCCAAAAAUAAACAAAAAACUAAAUCGUUUUGUCAUUUGUUACGCGACUGUGAAUGUUCUGGCCCUUGCAGGGCGUUCUUUAAUUAAUUAAAAUAAGGCAAACCAAACCAGCGAAAAUGUUCCUCACAUCGGGUGCUGAUGCGAAGAAAUCAAAUUGGUUCUCGUCGUUACGACGACAACCGAAAACCAAGAAGAUAGCGCUGGCCGCUGAAAAACCAACUCAGAAGAGCUGUGUCGACUUGACAUCGAGUAGUUUGUACGACAGCAAUCCCCCUAGUGAACCACCUGAUCGGCCCGAGGAAAGUAGUGUCGUACUAACGCCUUUGACUAACCCUGCCGCUGAAAGAGCGAUAUGCACUUGUGAGUGGGUAAAAUUGACUCCAUCUCCAUCAUUUGCAUCGGAUUCACCGGAAUCUUCCGCCAGUCUUGCUUCAACAACGACCGCCUCGAUAACGACGACGGUUUCGAGGAGUCAGUUAGAGAACAAACAUCAUCCGAUUUCAAGUGCCUCCUCAGUCGAUAACCUUACUAGUGAUAGUGCUAAUGAUCUCAAGGAUCUCGUUUCUUUGUCCGCGUUGAGUAACACCAGCAGCCUGAGGAGGAGGCCAAGGCGUAAGGAGCAAAUUUACACCUCCACAACGGUAACCACUGUCACGAAAACGACGGUUGUGAACAAACAGAAAACAUACCGCGUGGGACUAAUCUUCAGCGACAAUGGUGAACUGUUGAAUAGCACUCUCGACCUGCGACAGCUGCUCGAGGAAAGCAAACAGGCUCAACAACUAAUUCCUAGUAGCAGUGGGAACAGUAGUGUUAGCAAAGAAGAAGUCAACAACAACACCGGGAAAGAUCUGGAAUUGCAGGGACAGUUUAGCAUACUGCAAGAUAGCAAUUUUGACUUCAUCGACGAUAGUGCGGACUUAUUCAACCGCAACUAUUCGGGCAACAUGUCCGCUGUUCAUGCCAACUCGGCCAGUUCGACACCAAAAGUUCUGCGAAAAUGCAACAACUGUAAGAACAAAUCUAAUCUAGUCCACAAAAGAAGCAUCAGCUCAACUCAUCGAAAGAAGCAAAUAAAUGAUGAACUGAAUGAGGUAGAGUCCGAGAUGAGGGCACACGAAAACAAGGAGGAGAACAAACAUUCCAAUAAAGAUAAGCAGAUGGCGCUAGGUCGUAAGAAAUUCAACAUGGAUCCAAAGAAAGGCAUUGAAUUUUUGUAUGAAAACCAGCUCCUCAGGAUGGACCCACAGGACGUAGCACAGUUUUUGUAUAAAGGAGAGGGUCUGAACAAGACAGCGAUAGGUGAUUAUCUGGGCGAGAAAAAUGACUUCAACGAACAAGUGCUGAAGGCGUUUGUGGACCUACAUGAUUUUACCAAUCUAAUAUUGGUGCAAGCUUUAAGACAAUUUCUCUGGUCAUUCAGAUUGCCCGGAGAAGCGCAAAAGAUUGAUCGGAUGAUGGAAUGUUUCGCACAGCGCUACUGUCAGCUUAAUCCGGACAUUUUCACCAACACCGAUACGUGCUAUGUGUUAAGCUUUGCCAUUAUCAUGCUAAACACGUCGUUGCAUAAUCCAUCGGUGAAAGAGAAGCCCACUGUUGAGCAAUUUAUAUCAAUGAAUAGAGGCAUCAACAAUGGAGGAGACUUGCCGAGAGAACUACUGGAGUCUCUGUAUGAAUCCAUCCGAACAGAGCCUUUCAAGAUACCACAGGAUGAUGGCAACGAUCUGAUGCACACCUUCUUCAACCCGGACAAGGAAGGUUGGCUCUGGAAGCAAGGUGGACGAUACAAAUCGUGGAAACGACGAUGGUUUAUCCUGAAUGACAAUUGCUUGUACUACUUCGAAUACACCACCGAUAAGGAACCCAGAGGAAUCAUUCCGCUAGAAAAUAUUGCGGUUCGUGAAGUGCAUGAUCGCAGUAAACAGUUCUGUUUCGAGCUGCAUGCCAGUGGUGGCGCGGAAAUCAUCAAAGCAUGCAAAACUGACUCCGAAGGUAAAGUGGUCGAGGGUAAACACACGGUUUAUCGUAUGUCGGCCGCUAGCGAGGAGGAACAGCAAGAGUGGAUCAAGUGUCUCAACCAGUCCAUCAGCCACAAUCCGUUCCACGAUAUUCUAGUGCAAAGGAAGAAGAAAGCUCUGGCAAAAAGUUAGUUAGCGCUGUCUUGUUUGAAAAAUUAAUUCACCUUUAGUUUUUCAACUCUCACGUCGAACUCUACUACUACUGCUACUACUCACACUCACUGUUUGUUGCUGCUAUACCAUGUUGGACAGAUAUAGAGCGAUAGCGAACCGAUUGGGCGGAUGAAUCUCAGCUGUGUUUAGUGUAGACAAAAUUGUGUGUGUUUUGUGCAACCCUGUGCGCGUGUGAUAUAAUGCAUCAAACUAAAGAAAGACCUUUUAAUAUUCAUCCCUUAUCAGAAAACAAAAGCGCAAUCACUAGCUAAUUGUCGUCUAAACAAAUCAAAACAUUAAAACUAAUUUUUAUGCACACAUCUUUCAUAUCAUAGACGUCAUUAUUGAUUAACGGUAAGCAGCCACGUGCAUCUAUGUAUAUCUAUGUACACAUCAUUGUUUUUUGUUAAUUUAUAUUUUUCACUCAAAUCCAUUAAAGCCUAGUGUAAUUGGUAGUAAUUUGAAAUUAAUGGA